AUGGCAUCGUCUUUGUAUCUAGUUGUCUUAGUUGUUGGCCUCUGUGCUCCAAUUUACUGUGCAUCCCUGCCGAGUACCCCUAACAGAGGAACUAUCUGCCCUUCCCCCACAAAGGCCACCCCCAGCUCCCAGGUUUCCUCCAGCAACACCGACUUCGCCUUCCGCCUGUUCCGGAGGCUGGUUUUGAAGACCCCAGGUCAGAACGUCGUCUUCUCCCCUGUGAGCAUCUCCUCCGCCCUAGCCAUGCUCUCCCUCGGGGCCCGCUCAGCCACCAAGGCGCAGCUCCUCCAGGGCCUGGGGCUCGCCCUCGCGGGGACCCCCGAGUCCGCCGUCCACGGAGCCUUCCAGCAGCUGGUCCACUCCCUGAGCGCCCCCCGCGGGGACCUGGACUUGAAGGUGGGGAGCGCCCUCUUCAUCCGAAAGGAACUGCGGCUGCUGGCCGAGUUCCUGGACAGCGUCCAGAGGCUGUACGCCUCCAGAGUCUUCCCUGCGGAUCUCUCCAGCCCCUCGGCUGCCCGGAAGAGAGUCAGCGCCUACGUGGAGAAGGUGACCAAGGGGAAGGUCGUGGACUUGGUCCGACACCUGGAUCCGCUGACGGCCAUGGUCCUGGUGAACCACAUUUUCUUUAAAGCCAAGUGGGAGAAGCCCUUUGACCCAGCAGAGACAAAUAAAAGCUCUUCAUUCCUGGUGGACAAGAGUGUCACUGUACAGGUCCCCAUGAUGCACCAAAUGGAGCAGCUUGCUUUUGGGCUGGAUUCAGAGCUGAACUGCUCUGUGCUGCAGAUGGACUACAGUGGAAAUGCCCUGGCCUUCUUUAUCCUACCUGGCCAUGGAAAGAUGAGGCAGCUGGAAGAGGCCCUGUCAGCCAGGACACUGAGGAAGUGGAGCUGCUCGCUCCAGAAGAGGUGGGUAGAGGUGUUCAUUCCAAAAUUUUCCAUCUCUGCCUCUUAUGACCUGGAAGCCAUCCUCCCAGAGAUGGGCAUCCAGGAUGCCUUUGACAACAAUGCAGAUUUUUCUGGAAUUACAAAGGCACAAUUCCUGAAGGUUUCCAAAGCCACCCGCAAGGCUGUGCUGGAGGUCGGCGAGCUGGGCUCAGAGGCCGCAGCCGCCACCGAAACCAAGCUUGAGCUCCGGGCGAAGGAGGGCCCUGCUCACACCGUCAUCCGCUUCCAUGAGCCCUUCGUGCUGCUGAUUGUGGACAAAGUCACCCAGAACAUUCUCUUCGUAGGGAAAGUUGCAAACCCCACUAAAUCAUAG